AGACCGUGGCGCUUGCGAUGCGCUCACAUUUGCUGUACGCAUACGAACGUACAAACGCAAAACCGCCCAACUACCUGCUCAACGACACACACACACACACACACACCAAUAAAAACAACAACCUUUUGUAGCCCAAGGAAAAACUAAUUAACAAGAAGGAGAAAGUGAAAACAAUUUGAGGAAAGAUCGCGCGACUCUUUUUUCCACGUUUUCUCUCUUUUUUUUCCUUCUCUUGACGUUUCGCCUCGCUUUUUCUUCCUCAUAUCAUAAGGUCAUACUCGUCUGGAAGCGGGAGCUCACUGGUGUUAUUGCUCCCCCAAAAAACAACAGCAAACCUACAUUGUUCGUUAAUCAGGCCUUUCUUCUAACUUUUAUUCCCCUCUUUUCUUACCUUUUUAUAUAUAUAUUGUUUCUCAUUAAUGCAAAGCUCUCUUACCAUUUCCUUUUUUUUGGCCCAUUGAUAUAUUAUUGUCGAAGAACUUCAUCUUUUUCUUCCUCCAUUAGACAGAAAGGAAGGUCGUCUUUUUCAAUUAUUCUGCUUUUUCUGCUUAAGCUUCUUUUGUAUUUACUUGAGUUACCGUUUUUCUUUUACGCAUUUGACAAUUUGUCGAAGUACAAACUGCGCUAAAAUAUAUAAUCACCUUGCUUCUGGUGCACUUUCAAAGAUCCACUUUCUCGUGUUAAUCUUAACAGGCACCAUUUAAUAACGAAGUGCUGGUUAAAUUCAGAGAGACAGUCCUCAUCAGUUGAAACGGCCGUAGUAGGUGAUCAUCUGUAAAGCUGUAGUGUAAUACGAGACGACAAUUGCAGCAGCCAAAGGUACUGCAUUUUCACUACAUUUAAAGUCUAGGCUCACAUAGAAAGAAUACUUUUUUUUCUAGCUGUUCAUUGUUCAUCCACAAGAAGGACACUCCUUCUCAUUUUCAUUUUCCCUUCUCAUUUUUUCCUAAACAUCCUGUCCCCUAGCUGCUGUUUGGAGCUAACACCCUGUCGUUGACGCAAGGAACGUAGAGAGCAGACGCAAGAAGCUGCAAAGGAAUCAUUGAGGUGUGAAAGUACAGUCUCUCCUUUUCCACGUUCGGCAGUUCAAAAUGUCUGCCGUGUCGACCUAUGCACGCCGGGGACACGUUGCGUCUCUAGGUGUCGCAUUCGUCAUACUUGGCUUCGCUUUUCUCACAGGAGAAGCCUGCUUUGCCAAGGCGGUCGCAGGUGCAGGUCUUUCCGAUGCCAGCGCCUUGUCUAGUGCCUCUGCGAAGACACUUUUUUGCAACAGUCACAGCACCAUUCCAUACUACACCGCGACCCAGCAGUCCAACACACUCGCAUUUCUCGAGGCAUUAAAGGAGGCGCUGCCUCCGCUGACGUCGAGGUGGCAGUGCGGCAACUUCUGUGCGUGGGAUGGCGUCCACUGCAACGAGGAUGGAGUGGAGAUUGUUUUAGACUCCUCCACACUGUACGGCAGCCUUCCCCAGAUCCCGCCGAACGUUGACAGCGAUGAAGUUGUGCUUACGAGUCUGGAACUGUACGGAGAGAGUCAGACUUUGAGCGGCCCGAUGCCGUGGAGCUGGAUGGUCAUUCCGAGUCUGGUCUCCCUAAAGCUCCGCGGCGUCGGCCUCUCGGGGACCUCGCCGUCAGUUUUACCGUACACAGAAAGGACAGCCCAGAUGCGACCCGUUGGUCGUGCUCUUGGCGCCCCGACGUCGUUCCUAAGCACAACAUCCAAACCGCCGAGGUCCUCAAAGCUGGUAGUAGUUGAUCUCUCCAACAACAACAUCCACGGACCAUUACCAGACCUAUACAGCAUCGUGUUUCCUCUCGCAUAUGCGUUUUACUUGCAAAAUAACAGCUUCACAGGCACGCUGCCGCUGAGUUGGAAUAAACUGACGCAUCUUGGCAUCCUCCGCCUCAACCACAACUUCAUCACAGGUACAAUACCGGCAGGGUGGGCUAGUAUGAAAAACAUUAGCGUGAUGGAUUUAGAGCACAACGACCUAUGCGGCUGCGUACCACAAGAAAUACAAGCACUCGAGCAUGACACCAGUAGAUUCAAGCUACUACAACUGACAACAGACACCUUCAUGCGAACACACCAAUGCAACACAACGCACGCUUGCAUUCCCAUCAGCUCGAGCAGCAGCUCCGCCCCGUCGUCCUCGUCGUCGUCAGCAUCGAAGUCGAAACCGAGUGCCUCAUCUUCCGCGGCUCAUAGUAACUCAACCUCGAGUUCUUCUAGCGUUUCAUCGUCGAAGGCCGCCUCGAGGUCUUCUAGUCGCCCGAGUCCUAUUGAGCCGUCCUCCUCCUCCGAGAAUCCACACCCGGUGGAACCCUCGUCGUCAUCUGCCACCAGCAAAUUCAUUCACACGCUGUCGGCGAUGUGUCCCAAUAUCAUUGAGUUCGACACGGACACUGUUGAAGCGAACAAGGACAGUAUUUGCUGCCUUGACUGGAAGGGCUCAAGUUAUGUCGCCGCCUGUGGUGACGCGAUAGGUGGCUAUUCUAACUCGACUGUUACAUGCAGUGGUUCGCUGGGUUCUCGCGGUGCAUUCUCGUGCUGCACGAAUGUGUAUCCCGAUGGCACUGCUCAGUAUGUCGGUCUGCGUUGUCAGAAUCUAGACGGCAACAGCGCGGCCGCACCCAGCAAGCUGUGGGAUCUUAGCAGAAAUGCCGGUAGUAUUGUUGUCGUUGUAGUGACCGCCAUCAUUGUGUCCUUGUGCUAA